UUAGAUUCACUACAGCUGUUUGAACAGAACCAGGACGUCCGAUGGAAACGUUUCUUCAACACUUAGAUGUGAGUCAUUAAGGUGGAACUGAAGGAAGAACAAACCAGCAGGACAGAAUGGACGGGACAGACAGUCCUGCAACCAAGCAGCGAAAAGGAAAGAGGAUGUUUGGUUUGAAGGUGAAGAAGAAGAAGAAAAAGGUGAACACAGACCUGGUCCUGGAAAACCCAGGAGCUCAGGGCAGUGAGAUGGAAGGUCCGACUGAAGAAUCUGCCCUAAUGGAUGAAGAAAACGCAGAAGAACAACUGGAAACGACACCAGCAAGAAUCAGAACCAAAGACAACACCAACAGAUCCAGACUGAAAACCAGGAUCCAGGACAGUGAAGGGAAACCUCAGAGCUUCCAGAUUGCCAUUAACAUCACUGAGGCGCGUCAGUUGGUCGGAGAAAACAUCGACCCCAGUGUUGUCAUCGAGAUCGGAGAUGAGAAGAAACAGACAUCAGUGAAAGAGGCGACCAACGCUCCCUUUUACAACGAGUAUUUCGUGUUUGAUUUUUUCGCCCACAAAGAAAUCUUCUUCGACAAAGUCAUCAAACUGACGGUGAUCCACUCGAAGCUACUGAAGAGUUUCAAUAUCGGCUCGUUUAAGCUCGAUGCGUGGACCGUCUACAAACAACCAGGUCACCAGUUCAUCAAUAAAUGGGCAACGCUGACCAAUCCCAGCGACAUCGGCACCGGGGUCAAAGGGUUCGUCAAGUGCGACAUCAGCAUCUCAGCAAAAGGCGACGCCGUCCAACCAGGAGCGAAAGCCAGCGACGCCGACGAGCAGAUCGAUAAGAACCUGCUGAUACCAGAAGGUUUCCCCUCAGAACGACCCUGGGCUCGGUUCUGUGUGAAGGUGUACCGAGCUGAAGGCCUUCCUCGGAACAACUCCAGCAUCAUGGCCAACGUCACCAAGGCCUUCAUCGGAGACAACACGGCGCUCAUCGACCCAUACGUAGUGGUCAGCUUCUUCAAACAAGUGGGUCGUACGUCCACACAGAAGUCCACAGCAGACCCCGUAUGGAACGAACAGAUCAUCUUCACUGAGAUGUUUCCUCCUCUGUGUCAGAGAAUGAAGAUCCAGAUCUGGGAUGAAGGAAGCAUGAGUGACGUUGCCAUAGGAACCCAUUACUUUGACCUCAGACGCAUCUCCAACGAACAGGACGGCGACAGAGGGUUUCUGCCAACCUUCGGUCCGGCUUGGAUUAACCUGUAUGGAUCUGCCAGAAACUAUUCUCUAGGAGACGACUCAGUGGAGCUGAAUGAGGGCAUCGGAGAGGGCGUGUCCUACAGGGGGCGGGUCUACAUGGAGCUGACGGUGGAGAUCCUGUCAGGGGGGAUGGGUACAGAGUCCAAACUCCGACUGAUCAAACCGAACAAGGAUGCCAAAGCCAAAGCAGGAGGAGGGAAGGACGGUAAAGCUCCGGCAGGAGGAGGAGGAUCUGGAGCAGCCGCAGGAGGAACAGCUGAUGACGACAAAGGGAAGGGGGCGGCGGAGGUCCAGCCUGUAGACCCGCCCCCUGAGAUAAAAAACAAUGAGAACUUCAUGUUGUUUGGAUCGUUAUUUGAGGCCACCAUGAUCGACAGGAAGAUCGGAGACAAGCCAAUCAGCUUCGAGUUCUCCAUGGGUAACUAUGGUAACAUCUUUGAGCCGUCCGUGGCGCCGACCCAACCCAUCCCCAGUCCCAGUAUCAGCCGCCGGAUCAUCGGACUCAACUUCCCCGACAGCAGCGACUGGUCAGGCUCCACCCCCCCGAGCCCGUCGUCGCCCCUCCUGUCCAGAGAGGACGUGACGCUCAACUCCAAGUCCACCACGCCUCCAGAGAAACCGGUCAUCGUAGAAGGAAACAGGUUCUACAUGUACCUGCCCUUGGACAGAUAUAAACCCUGUGUUACUGUCCAGAGUCAGUGGGAGAACAGAACCUACAGACUCUACAACUCCAACAUCCUGGAGAACAUAGUCAACCUGUUCGAGGAGGGUUUGUCCAGCGUCGCUGAGCUCCAUAAGAAGUCAGACCCGGGGGCGGAGCUUCUGCUGAAAACUGUCCUCCGAGAGUUCUGUAUGGACGCCAGAGGAUUCAUCACCACAGCUGAGGCCAAACUGAAGGCGGAGCAUAAAUCCACCAACCUGACGCCACUGGACAAGAAACGACUGACCAUGUGCAAACAGGAACUGGAGAGUAUGAUUGGAGAGGCCAGGCAUGUGGCUGAGAGGAGGAGAAAAAGCAGCGGCGUGAAGGAAAUGUUACAGGAUGCAACGAAACUCAUCCACAAACUGCGUUUUCUGGUGGUGGAGCCUCAGCACACGGUACCAGAUGUGUUCGUUUGGUUGUUGAGCAACAACAAACGAGUCGCCUACGCCCGAGUCCGGGCCCGAGACCUGCUGUUCUCCACCAAUCAGGAGGCUCGAGGAGUCAACUGUGGAAAGAUCAUAACGCUGUUCCUGAAGCCUCCAGGGAAGCGCGUGACGGGUUUGUCCGUGCAGGCGAAGAUCGACGUUUACCUUUGGUUGGGGGUGUGGCCAGAUGCCGGUCACAUGUUGGACGACCUGCCUGCAGGUUUCAGUCCAACCACAGGAGACGCCGACCCCAGCAACCCGGCAUCGCACCUGCUCGGAUCAGACCAGCAUCAGUUCCAGUUGCGGUGUCACAUGUAUCAGGCUCGUGGUCUGAUCGCCGCCGACAACUCGGGCCUGUCCGACCCGUUCGCCCGGGUCACCUGCCUGUCUCACAGCCAGACCACCAACGUGAUCAGUCAGACUCUGAGUCCGACCUGGAACCAGUGUUUGCCGAUCCGUCUGCUGUUAACCGGAGACCUGCAACACAUCCAGAAGGAUCCGCCACGAGUCGUUAUCGAGGUGUACGACGAUGACGCUCUGGGUAAAGCUGAGUAUCUCGGGUCCACGGUGGCGGUCCCAGAGGUCCGACUGACCUCUGACCCCUACAGUCCUUCUACACUGAAGUACAGCCCACUGCACUGUGGGAGUCAGAGUGGAGGAGACCUGCUGGCAGCGUUCGAGCUCCUGGAGAUCCCGGUGUCUGGAGUUUGGGCUCUGCCGCCUCUAGAAGAACGAGAGGGAGGGUUUUACACGGUUCCGUCCAACAUCAGACCGGUCCUCAGCACCUACAGACUGGAGGUUUUAUUCUGGGGUCUCCGGGAGUUGAAGAAGGUUCAGCUCCUGUCUGUGGAUCGUCCACAGGUCUUCAUCGAAUGUGCUGGUAAAACCCUGCGUUCGUCCGUCAUCCAGAAGUAUAAAUCCAACCCCAACUUCACUACGUUGGUGGACGACAUUGAGCUGGAACUACCGGAGAACGAACACCUCCACCCUCCACUCAGCAUCACUGUGGUGGACUGGCGAGCCUUCGGUCGGAGUACGCUGGUGGGAAACCACAUCAUCAACAACCUCAAGGCCUUCACGUACACCCCACCCCCACUUCCUCCUGCACCCACUCCCAAACCUACCACCUCCAAAGCCACGCACUUCCCCGGAUCGGAACCCAUGCCUGAGACCCAGAGUCCAGAGGGCCCGUCCCAACCCAAGGGAGAACCCAGUUCCUCGGUUGGACCAGCAAAUCAGGACUUUCUCAUCACGAUGGAGGAGGAGCCUCUGCCUCCGGCCCCGCCCACCAAGAAACGAGAGGCCAAGAAGAAAAAGGAGACGUUGGGGAGGAGCAGUCAUGGACGUUCUACCAAGAGGAGGAGGAGGACGAUCGCAGAUGAAUCUGCAGAGUGUGUCAUCGACUGGUGGUCCAAAUACUACGCAUCUGUAGAGAAGCAGAACAGACAGAGGGAGGGAUCGCAGCUCGCCCCCAUAUUUGAAAACAUUUCGACGUACCAAAGCCUGCUCGGAGAUGGAAUAGACUCCCUGGCCAACAGCCUGGGAGACAAGAAGCUGAAAGGAAAAGCCAUCAUGGGUCCAAACCUGACGAAACUCGCCACGUUACAGCUGUACAACCGCGAGCUAGAGACAGAGUUUGGUCCUUUUGACGACUGGGUCAAUACAUUUGAGUUGUACCGAGGGAAGGCCAACGAGGAAGAAGGAACAAGUGACGAGAGGUUUGUCGGAAAAUUUAAGGGUCGCUUUUGUCUCUACAAACUGUCUGAGGACGAGGCUGAGGACUGGGAUGAUCUUGCAGAUGCUGGACUGUGCAGAGUCAGCAGAGGAAUCCCCCCAAACAAUCCCACCCAAGUCCUCAUUCGUGUUUACGUCGUCUCUGCGAUCAAUCUGCACCCUGCUGACCCCGAUGGGAAGGCAGACCCUUACAUCGUCCUCCGUCUAGGCAAGAAAGAAAUCCGAGACAGAGACAACUACAUCCCCAAACAGCUGAACCCUGUGUUUGGAAGAUCGUUUGAGAUCCAGGCCAAGUUCCCCCAGGAGUCUCUGCUGUCAGUGCUGAUCUACGACUACGACCUGGUGGGAGGCGAUGACCUGAUCGGAGAGACUCGCAUCGACCUGGAGAACAGAUUUUACAGCAGACAUAGAGCGACCUGUGGACUCCCCACCGAGUACAGUCUUGAAGGUUACAACGCCUGGAGGGACUGUUUGAAGCCAUCGGAGCUACUGUCCAAGAGGUGCAGAGAAAAUGGUCUGGACGGUCCUCACUUCAGUCCAGGACGCAUCACGGUGGCGGACAAAGUUUUCACAGGGAAGACGGUCUUCAUGCAUGAAGAUGAACCGGUCGAGUCCUACGAGCAUUUGUCUUUGAAGAUCCUUCAUCGCUGGGCAGAGAUCCCGGCCGUGGGAUGUAAACUGGUCCCUGAACACAUCGAGACCAGGAGUCUGUACAACAAGGCCAGACCGGGCUUGGAUCAGGGUCAGGUCCAGAUGUGGGUCGACAUGUUCCCCAUGGACCUGCCUCAUCCUGGACCUGCUGUCGACAUUUCACCACGUAAACCUAAAGGGUAUGAGCUGCGAAUCAUCAUCUGGAACACGGAGGAUGUCGUUCUCGAGGACACUAACUUCCUCACGGGCCAACAGUCUAGUGAUAUCUACGUAAAAGGGUGGUUGAAAGGUUUAGAGGACGACCGACAGGAGACCGACGUCCACUACAACUCUCUGACCGGAGAAGGAAACUUCAACUGGCGCUUCGUCUUCCCCUUCAACUACAUGCCUGCAGAGAAGGUGGUCGUGGUGAAAAAACGAGAAAAUAUUUUCUCUCUGGACAAAACUGAGCAGAAGAUUCCUGCCAUUCUCAUCCUUCAGGUCUGGGAUUUUGAAACCCUGUCGUCCGAUGACUUCCUAGGUACAGUGGAGUUGGACCUCCAUGGUUUUCCACGGGGAGCUAAGACAGCGAAGUUGUGUAAAGUGGACAUGUUAACAGAUGGGACGGAGAGGAUCUCCAUCUUCCAACAGAAGAGAGCAAGAGGCUGGUGGCCUUUCAGCAAGAGUGGAGAGCAGACGGGAAAAGUGGAGGCAGAGUUUCACCUUGUGACAGGGGAGGAAGCAGAGAAAAAUCCCAUUGGCCGAGCUCGCAAGGAACCAGAACCGCUGCCGAAACCAAAUCGUCCAGAUACGUCCUUUUCCUGGUUCGUCAACCCAUUUAAGUGUUUCUUCCAUCUGGUGUGGCGGAGCUACAAGAAGUACAUCAUCCUGGCGCUGCUGCUGCUCAUCACCGUCCUCUUCCUCGUCCUCUUAUUCUACACUUUACCAGCAGCCAUUUCACAGAAGAUCGUCAAUGGGUAACACACAUGUACUGCAGAAGUGUCCUUUCACUUUGGACCUGGCACAUUUCUUCAAGAACUAUCAGAGGGUUGAAGGCGAUGACAAGAUUUAACCUUUAAGCUCUUUCUAAUAUACAAUUUAUCCACAAAGUCAGUGUUGUCAUUGGUAAUAGUCUGUUUAUUGAGGUCAUGCUACUUAAUGUAACACUGAAAUACAAGUAAGCACUUAGUUCACGACAAAGACCUACAGUAACACAAGGGAAACUGUCUCCAGAAAUCAAUAAAGUUAAUUUUGUUGUUAUUGGA